AUGGCAAAGGAGCAACCUCCGCGGAGGGAGCAGGCAUGGAUAUCCCUGCAGAACAGAACAGAGUCAAACACCAAAAUGAGACUCACAAGGUGUGGAAAGAUUACCCUGGGUGUCAUAAUAACGGUGGCUGCUGCAGCAAUCAUCGGACUCAUUGCUCAUUUCAUCCCUUAUGGGAAGACAUCUUUGUACUAUCACAUUAGCUUUAAAGUCAAUGACAUUGACUAUAACAGCAAGUUUGAAAAACCAUAUUCACAAGAAUAUUUGGACCUAAAUAAAAAGAUAGUGUCCUUGAUAAAUGAAACAUUUCAUGGAUCCAAACUGAGAAGACAGUAUGUCAAAUCUCAUGUUGUCCAAGUAAGCAGAGCCAAAGGGAAAGUGGUAAUACAUGCUGUGCUGAAGUUCAUAUUCUGCCAUAAAAAUAAAGCAGCAAAAUAUCGGGAUAGGAUUGAAACCAUUUUACAUCAGAAGUUAAAUGGUGAAACUGGGUCUUUACAUAUAGAUUCUCCUUCAUUUAAAUUUUCAGACAUGAAAAUGACAACAGCAGAAAAUCUUCUCAAUACCUGUUGUGGACAUCGUACGAUAACUUUCUCUGGCAACAAGAUAGCAGGGGGCACAGAUGCAGAGAAAGGGGAAUGGCCCUGGCAAGCUAGCCUUCAACAGAACAAUGUCCACCGAUGUGGAGCCACUCUGAUUAGUAACAACUGGCUUGUCACUGCUGCUCACUGUUUCAUAAAGGACAAUAAUCCCAGAGGAUGGAAUGUUAGUUUUGGGCUUCUUUUAAAUGAUCCACAAACACAGAAAAAAAUCAAGAAUAUUAUAAUUCAUGAAGACUACCAUUACCCUGCACAUGAACAUGACAUUGCUGUUGUGAAUCUGUCUUCACCAAUAUUAUACACAAGUGACAUUCGAAGAGUAUGUCUUCCAGAAGCUAAUUAUACAGUCUCACCUGGUUCGGAUGUGGUGGUUACUGGAUGGGGAACAUCAAAGUCUGAUGGAACAAUUCCUAAUAUACUCCAAAAAGCAGUAGUGAAGAUUAUAGAUAAUAAGACCUGCAACAAGGAAGAGAUAUAUAGUGGUGUGAUCACACCUGGAAUGCUGUGUGCUGGGUUUCUGAAGGGAAAAGUGGAUGCCUGCCAGGGUGACUCUGGUGGACCUCUGGUUCAUGCAGAUCAUAACGGCAUUUGGUUCCUUGUUGGUAUAGUAAGCUGGGGAGAUGAAUGUGCUCUUCCAAACAAGCCUGGUGUCUACACUCAAGUGGCAUACUAUCGAGACUGGAUCAUGUCCAAAACUGGCAUCUAG